GUCCCUAUCGCUGUGAUAUCGAGUCUCCAAACCAGAGGAACAACACACGCGUGCCAGAUCGCGCGCCCCUGCCGCCGCAUCGACCUCCUCGCCGGCGCACCGGCAGCGCCGCGGCUACGCACUAGCUCCGCGAGUGACCGACACCCGCGGCUCAUUUAUUUUCCUUGACUCCCCUCCCUUCCUUUGCCCCAUCUCGCUGCCGAGCGACCCAGCCCCCUCGCUCCGUGGAUCGUCUUCCUCCUCGCGCGAGCGCCGCCGCCCAUCCCGCUGCCGAGCGCCCCAGCCCCCUAGCUCGUCUUCCUCCUCGCGCGAGCGGCCGCCCUACCUUGCCCUACUGGGUCCUCCGCCCGUGUCCACAAGGGGGGGCGCGAUACGGCGAUGAUGAUCAGUAGGCAGCUCCUGCUAACCUACCUUUACCUGCUAAUCUACAUCUGCCUCUCGUCGGGAGUCAUCCUGUUCAACAAAUGGGUACUAUCUCCAAAAUACUUCAAAUUUCCCUUUCCUAUUACCCUCACAAUGAUUCACAUGGCAUUUUCUGGAGUCGUGACAUUCUUCCUAGUCCGUGUUUUUAAGGUUGUUGCACCUGUCAAGAUGACUUUUCAAAUAUAUGCCACAUCCGUAAUUCCAAUUAGUGCCUUCUUCGCGUCUAGUCUUUGGUUUGGCAAUACAGCAUACUUGUAUAUUUCAGUUGCCUUCAUCCAAAUGCUCAAGGCUUUGAUGCCCGUGGCAACAUUUAUAAUGGCUGUUCUAUGUGGUACUGACAAAUUAAGACAGGACCUUUUCUUGAACAUGUUGCUGGUCAGUGUUGGUGUUGUAGUUUCAUCCUAUGGGGAGAUUCAUUUUAAUGUAAUAGGAACAUUAUACCAAGUAACUGGCAUUGUCGCAGAAGCGCUCAGACUGGUGCUGACACAGGUCCUCCUCCAAAAAAAGGGGUUAACUCUGAACCCUAUUACAAGCCUGUAUUACAUAGCGCCUUGCAGUUUCAUCUUCCUAUUUGUUCCGUGGUAUUUACUGGAAAAACCAGAAAUGGACGUCUCUCCAAUUCAAUUCAACUAUUGGAUAUUUUUCUUGAAUGCACUUUCUGCAUUUGCAUUGAACAUAUCCAUAUUCCUGGUUAUUGGAAGAACAGGAGCAGUCACUAUCCGAGUUGCAGGAGUUCUGAAGGACUGGAUACUUAUUGCCCUCUCGACCAUUAUCUUUCCUGAAUCUACUAUUACAAGCCUCAACAUAAUUGGAUAUGCAGUUGCACUCUCUGGCGUUGUUAUGUACAAUUACUUGAAGAUGAAAGAUGUGAGAGCAAGUCAACUUCCAGCAGAUAUGACUCCUGAUAGAACUACAAAGGAUAAGAAGAUUACAAACAUAUACAAACCUGACAGUUCCAUGGACAGUAAUGAUGAAACUGUUGUUGGAGGUCUGGCAUCAGAAGCAGCAGCAGUUGAUGAGGAAGCCCCUUUGAUUCCGUCAUCACGCAUCUCCUAUGUUACCCGGACGCAAACAGGCAGUUUCAAUAGCAGAUGACCAUUUUUCAAGUUUUGAGUUGGUUGAAGUAACAAAUUUCUUCCCAGAUUGACCAUCCAAUAUUUUCCUCCUCGUGAAUCUGAAAGUGGUGCAUAAGCUGAUGAACUAUGCAAAGGUCUUGUCUGGAAGCUUUGUCCAUUAGUCUUGUAUGUGCCUUCAAUAUAAAUUUUCCUAUUUGGCACGGAAAGGUUUUUUCAGGAGACACCUGGAGGUUAAUUAGAGAAAGUAGCAGUGGUAGAUGAUUACGUUUUAUCUGUGUAUUUGGGGAACUCGGUUGUCUAUAUCAGAUACAUGCUCUUUCUUAACCCAGCAUGCGGCAAUGCUAUCGGAUCAUAGAUGAUGUAAGGCUUCAUUACAGGUGCUCGUUCGAACAGCAGUUUUGAUUCACUUCCCCUGAUCGAUGUGUUUA